AUGGGCCCUAUUAUUCAGGCUCCUCUGAGACAAGCGGUGGGGGUUACUGGCCCCACUAGAAUUAAGAUACCAUUUACAAUGAAUGAUUUGGAUUCAUGGAGAGAAGUAGUAAAGGAAUACCGAGACGACCCCGAAGGAGUUGCCAAAAGAUUCGAGCUGAUUGUUAAAAAUCAAGACCCAGAUUGGAAGGACAUCGAUUUAAUGGAAACAGCAGCUAGUCUCUUUGUUCUUGGGACAAUCCUCAGAGGAUAUAAGAAGGAAACUUCAGAAAUUAAAAGGGACAGAGAUAAGGGAUUUAGAAAAGUUGAUAGAAGAGGCCUGGAGAACAAAGCUCAAUUAGUCCAGCAACACGUGACCUACUUGGGACUCGUAAUCUCGGGAGGACAACGGGAACUUGGGACUGAACGAAAAGAAGCCAUUUGCCAAACUCCGGAACCCCAGACGGUGAAAGAGCUGCGGACCUUCUUAGGGAUGACAGGUUGGUGUCGCCUUUGGAUACAUAAUUAUGGAUUAUUGGUGAAGCCAUUAUAUGAGCUGAUAAAGAAAAACCAGUCAAAAUUAAUUUGGACUGGAGAAACACGAAAUGCAUUUAAACAGCUCAAACGAGAGUUAAUGAGAGCUCCUGCUCUUGGACUGCCGGAUGUUUCAAAACCAUUUUGGCUGUUUUCUCAUGAAAGACAAGGAAUAGCCUUGGGAGUACUAGCACAAAGACUUGGUCCCUAUAAACGGGCAGUAGCUUAUUUCUCCAAACAACUGGACGAGGUGAGCAGAGGAUGGCCUGGUUGCCUUCGAGCUGUCGCAGCAGUUGUUAUCAAUAUUCAAGAAGCCCGAAAGUUUACCAUGGGACAGAAAAUAACAGUGCUGGUCUCUCAUACAGUUUCAACGGUCUUGGAACAAAAAGGAAGCCAUUGGCUCUCGCCCCAGAGAUUCUUAAAGUACCAAGCAGUGUUGAUAGAACAAGAUGAUGUAGAAAUUGUGGUUACUAACAUUGUCAAUCCAGCCUCUUUUCUUAGUGGGACUCUGAAUGAACCAGUGACACAUGAUUGCAUAGAAACAGUAGAAGCUAUAUAUUCCAGUCGACCAGACCUCAAAGAAGAACCUCUGGAGGAUGCUGAAAACUCCUGGUAUACCGACGGGAGUAGUUUUAUAAAGCAGGGACAACGUAAAGCAGGAUACGCAAUCACAACCACCCAACAGGUAAUCGAAUCUAAGUCUUUACCUCCUGGGACUUCAGCCCAGAAGGCGGAGAUAAUUGCCCUCACCCGAGCAUUGGAAUUGGCAAAAGGUAAAAAGAUUAACAUUUGGACAGAUUCUAAAUAUGCAUUUGGAGUAGUUCAUGCUCACGGUGCAAUUUGGAAAGAACGAGGAUUGCUAACUGCUCAAGGAAAACAAAUAAAACAUGCAGAAGAAAUCUUAAAGCUAUUAGAGGCUGUAAAACAACCAGAAAAGGUAGCGAUCAUGCAUUGUCGAGGACAUCAGAAAGGAAACACAGAUCCAGAAAUUGGAAAUCGACUGGCAGAUUAUGAGGCUAGGCGGGUGGCAGAAGAAGCGAAAGCAGAAACAUUAUCCUUAAUACCAGACGGUAAAAUCCAAACUAUCUUUUCAGGACAACCCCUGGAGGAGAAAUGGGAUGGCCCCUAUCAAGUGUUACUGACGACCUUCACUGCCAUUAAGAUCAAGGAACAGCUGGCUUGGAUUCACUAUUCGAGAGUGAAGAAAGCACCUGAGAGGCCAUGGACGGUCACCUCUACAGGACCCACAGGUCUGCGAUUUUCCAGAUCAUGA